GUUUUUAUAAUAAUAAAAUGGAAAGUAUUACUAAAGCUACUGAAGAAGAGAACACCCAGAUAAUCCGCCUAGAGAAAUCUGUCCUGGCAGAAGCCAAGGAGCAAGAGGUCAUCACAUGCCAGAGCAUCCUCUAUAAGGUUCGCCCAGAUGAAGAAGUUGAGCCAUCGGAUCCAGACUCCGAAGAAGUUUCAGAAAACAGUAGACUUAGCAUUUGGUUGGAUGACAUCAGAGAAGAAAGACUUUUGAAAAGUUUGAAGUGUCUUAAGGUUUUUGAUAUAGACUACCUUGAGUUGGGUGGGAUUGCUUCUAAAAAUAGGCGUUUUGUUUUAAAUUUCUUACAAUCCUCAUUCCCAAAUAAAAAUAAGAAUCUCGCUUUUUGGUGCAGUGGUCAAAUGGAUUUGAAAAGGUGCAACUACUUAAACUCCCUGACCAGACACACCUUCAAAGUCGUUCGACAAGUUGACUUUGAAUAUUUCAGCAUUGUCCUCCCCCAACUCAAGAGGCUGGUGGCAGCUUUCAGAUAUGUGAGAAUUUUGGGAUUGAAAUGGUGCAGGCUAUCUAUCCCAAGUGUUCCUGAUUUGUCAAAGGCUCUGAAGAAUUGCCAAAUCCAGGAAAUAGAUUUAGAAGGAUCAGGAAACUCGGUUAGAAGUGAUUGGGAGAACAACUUCGACGAGUUUAAGAACUUGGUACAAGGUUUAGCAAGCUCUCCAGAUUUAAAAUUGAGUUUUGAAAAAGCAUAUGUCCGUUGCUGCGGCCUAACCCAAAACAAAGUUGAACAAGUCUUUGAAGAAGACCAGCUUGGAGGAGUUAACAUAAUUGAUGGAGGUUAAAUUUUGGCUAAAUUUCUUAUUUUA